AUGGCGGUGCUGGUGUAUCCGCAGCCACGGACAAAGCCCGAAGUUGGCGUGGGCUUGAACAAGGCGGCAACAGUGACGAUGUACCAGUGCUGGCCGCCUAAUGGCAGCCUCCUUGCCCAGGACAAGGAGCAGCAGGAAGAGUACAAGCGACGAAUCAAGCUAAUGACCGAAGAAAAGAAAGCAAGGUUUCUCGAUUACGACUGCAACACUGGCGUUUGGAAGUUUGCCGUGGAGCACUUCUGA